AUGCAUCUAUUGGUUACCAAAUUUCGCAACAGAAUUUCACAAAUGUUACCAGUCUUCUUUGUUGUUUAUUUUGGUUUGAUUUUACAAGUGCACUGUUAUUCCAUUGGAGCUCCUGAAAGUACUUGUGAUGAUAUGUUACCAAAUCACGGUGUCGUGGCAAAUAACACACCUGUUCCUUAUGUUAUAAAACUUUCAUCAAACAGCUAUUCCCCAAAUCAAAAUAUUUCAGUUACCAUUGAAAUUAAAAGAGACACAGUUUUUGAAGGAUUUAUGAUGGCCGCUCGACGCAAAGGAGAAUUAGAGAAUUUUGGCAGAUUUUAUCCAGUUUCUGGAACACAUACUUUAAAGUGCUCAAAUAAGAACAACUCGACGAUUUCACACUCAAAUAAUUCGAAAGAAAAAAAAUCUGACAGUUAUUUGGGAGGCACCAGCUAUAAAUGUAGGAGAUCUCCAAAUGAUCGCAACUAUUGGGUGUUGCGGCCGUCCUUCCCAUCCAAUACGACCGCACCCCCAUUAAAAACGACUCCAUCACCUGAAAUAAAUGGAAUUCAAUGCAAGUCAUCAAUAAAAUGUCAAAUACGCUGGCAGAUGGACAAAAACGCUGGUGUAACGUACUUUAACUUUACUUUAGAAUCGUUAAAUACGAACAUGUACAUUGCUUUGGGUUUGUCUCGUGAUUCCAAAAUGGGCGACGACAGUGUCAUGGAAUGCUCCCGAUAUCCAAACGGGUCUAUUGCUGCUCAGCUGUCAUACAACUCUGGUUAUACCAAUACACUUGUUGCGUCUGAAUCACUUACCUUGACGUCUACUUCAUUUGCAAAUGGUUUGAUGAGCUGUUCCUUCACCAGAAAGAAUAGAGUUAGCAAUUCCAAAAUCUUUGACUUGGCGGAAAAGGAGUGGUACCUGUUGGUUGCAAUUGGCGAUGUGGAUCUAAAUAGAGCCAACCUGAAGAAAGAACAUUCCACAAAAUUCGCCUCAAAAAGUAAAAUUGAUUUGUCAAAAUCUACAGGCCUGCAUGGUAUUGAAAGCUCGCACGAAGAGGUUCUGGUUAGCGUUCAUGGUUCUCUGAUGAUUUUCGCUUGGGUUUUCUUCGCUAGUGUGGGAAUGUUCACUGCCCGUUACUCCAAAGCAAUUAACAAAACAAUAAAAGGUGUUGCGUUAUGGUUCCAGUUGCACAGAGUGUCGAUGGUUUUGACUUUAUUGUUAACAGUAAUUGGUUUUAUACUAAUUUUUGUUGAAGAAGGAGAAUACAGCGAAUCGGUUGGACUUCCAUACGAUGCACAUCCAGUGCUUGGAAUAAUUGUGACUGUUUUAACUGUUAUAAACCCUAUUAUGGCAUCUUUCCGGCCUGAUAAAUCCAGUUCGAAGCGCCCAUUGUUCAACUUCGCACACAGAUCUGUCGGUGUAAUUGCUUUCAUUCUUGCAGAUGCUGCAAUAUUCAUCGGCAUCUUUUGGUACCACAGAUCGACAACUGAACCAAAAGCCUGUAUAACAGUGAUGAGUUUUUUCAUAAUUUACAAAGUUAUAGCUGUAGUUAUUAUGGAACUAUUAGAACGCUGGGAGGAGAGAACUACUGACUCAACUGAAGUGAAUGCACCUGGAGAAAAUAAAACAACUGAAAAAAAAAAAGAUACUUUUGGAUAUUUGAAGGCAGUCCUUUUAGGCGUCCACAUAAUCGUUUCAUUUCUUCUGAAAAAAGGCGAAAUUCAAUAUUUUUUCUGUCUACAUCAUUUUCUUCUCUCCCUAUGUCUCUUUCAAUUUCUCUCUCUCUCUCUCUCUCUCUCUCUCUCUCUCUCUCGCCGUGUCUCCGUUAUUUUUUGUCUCGCUCUCUCCUAUUUCUCUUUCACUAUCUCAGUACAGAUUUUUUCUAUUUUGCGACACAGGGACAGUGGAGAAAGGUAG